AGUCUUCUAGUGCAUUGGCUUACAUAGUGUUUCCGAGAUUCACUUUCAACCGUUUAUUUUCACAACCCGCCGGGUGGUUCUUGUGAAUUCUUGGAUUUAAUAUUAAAAAAAUAAUUUUGGAACAUGCGAUUAUGCGGUGCAUUUAAAUGUGGCACUGCAGUUUUAUUUUACGUGGUUUAUUUCCUGCUAUCCGUCAAAUAUGCAACUGGAGGUAAUCCGUAUUCAAAUCCGUCACGUCAAAAUCUAUCUAAAUCCGACGACUUCCAUUUCUUUUAUCAAGGAGUCAAAGGUACACCCGGAGUUGAUUUUCCUGUAUAUUCUCAUAUACCUCGGACUCUUUUCACCUGUCAAGGAUUAGAAUCUGGAUAUUAUGCUGAUACAGAUACAGAUUGUCAGGUAUUUCACAUCUGCGAAGAUGAAAAGAAAAUAUCCUUUUUAUGUCCCAACGGAACCAUCUUCCAACAAUCAGAUUUAAUCUGCGAGUGGUGGUUUAAAGUAAAUUGUAGUCACUCCCCUUUUUUAUAUGAAGAAAGUGCGGAAAAUUUAAGAGAAGAUAACGCGCGAAGGAAAUUAAAUCGUAGAGUUCAACUGUACAAUGGAGAAAAAAAUUCUAAUCAACUCAAGAAGAACUCAUCUGUUGAUAGAAAAUUAUUUAAUAAGGAACCGAAUCAAAAUAACGAAUUUAAAAAUAAAACUUUCAAUGCUAGAAAUAACAAUGUUGGUAAUCAUAAAGUUAAUUCAAGAAAUUCUAAUAAAAUUAUAACAAGUUCCGAACAACAAACAGCAGCACAUCAAAAAACGAGAAGAUACAACGAGAACGAUCUCGGCAAUUUCGAAAAUAACGAUGUUUUUCCUACUAGUACUGUAGCUAGUACUAAAAAAAAGUAUUUCGUCAAUUUGAGAAGUACUCAAAAAGAAUAUCACGUCGAAUUUCCACUAACAGCUCCAGAUUACGAAAACGAAGAAUCUCCAACUAGGAAAAAUACUAAUUUAUCACAAAUUUCGGAUGAAUCACAAGUACCAGAAGAAACAGCGGCGUUCGUAAAGAAUUCAUUAAACACCAUCCACGAAACCUCUUCGUAUAAUCCGUUUCCAAAUCACAGAACAACAUAUUCAGAUCUAAAAACAAUUCCGUAUACUUACCCUAAAAUUCACAGUACAAUAUCUUCAGUUACCCCUCAGUAUAUUACAACACAACCUAUUAAUAACGGUAAACCAUUCCUAGGUAACAGAGUCGGUGGUAAGAUCAAAUCCACAAAAGAUCCUUUAUUCGUAAAUCCUUUAAUAAUGAAUAACACAAAAAUCGAUAAAGCUUUAGAUACAGACCAAGUUUUUAAAGUACACGUUAUUACAAAUGUAGAAAAAAAUUCAACUAACUCAUCUUUAGUAACACCUAAAGUAUUAGAAAAAAUAUUGUUCGCAAAAAUUAAACCAAUAGAAGAAACAACUGAUUUAACAACAACGAUAUUACCCACUACAACUGUAUCAACAACAGAAGCUACUACGAAAAAUAAUCCAACGAAAAAGCAAGUUAAAACAACAAGCGAACCAUUUAAAAUAAGAUCGAGGUUAGAAAGUUCAACUACAAGACCUAGAACUAAAGAUUACGCCAUCGUUUAUGGAUCGUAUCCUUCAACAACUCCCAGAUCUCUACCAAGUAACGCGGUUCAAGUGAAAUUCAAUAAAACAGCGACAAAAAUCGGGAUCCAAUUAGGAAAAUCAUUCGGUUCAUCACGACCUAAACCAAUCAUAUCCGUAGUUAAACCAAUAGAUAAGAUAGCAGUCGACGAAGAAGAAAUUCUUGAACGUCAAUCGACUGGUACAACCCCAUUACUACGGAACAAACAAAGUUUUUAUACAACAUCAGAACCUUUUAGUGAUAACCGUAUUUAUAAUAUCACAAUUCGCAGUACAACUCAACAACCACGUCCGUUCCAAAAAGUGUCGUUUGCAACGUUAACAUCGUCUUCCACUACUUCAAGUUACGAUCCCGAGAAUUACGAACGUUAUAAAAUAUCAACUGCUGGUCCUUUUAAACCAUUUAAUAGUCCCGAACCUACUUCACCGACUCCUUUUGUCGUUCCUACGACUAUUAUUGAUGAACAUGUUGAUAAUAUGAUUGACGUCCUCACUGCGCUUUCUAAAGAACGUGAAAUAUCCUUCGAGAAUUCAAGACCAGGUUUGGUAGUACCACCUUCUGUGGGACCACAAACUUUACAUACUUUAUCAGUAUAUUUCGCUAAUGCUUUAGAUGAAGUAAUAGCUCAGAAAGCUAAAACAUCUAAUAAACACCAAGAAAAACUAAUGAUGGAUAAUAAAGAAAAAUUAACCACGCUUCUAACCCAAAUGACAGUUCAUGGUUACAAUCAGUUAUUUUAUAAAAAAUCGCCACCAGAUAAUACUAAUAACAAUGAAAAAAACGUUACAAAAAAGGAAGAUUUUAAAUUGGAAAGUCCUCAAAUACGACAGCUCGCUAAAAAUUUCACAUUAGCUUUAUCCGCUUAUUUAAACGAUCCGGAAAUGUUUAGAAAAGAUUUGGAGAAUUACAGACCGACCGAACCACCGGAAACAACAACUGAAAUCGCCGGAAUCGAUGAGGAAUUGUUGAAUUAUUCGGAUACCGAUACGAAAACUAAUCUUCCUCCUAUUUUCACGACAUCUCAAUCGCCGCUACCCACUUGGGGUUUUAUUUUAGCCGACGUCGAUAACGUUAUUAAUUCAGAUUUGAACACUGCCGAUACUCAAUCUUUCCUACCGGGCUUAAACGAUAUAAAAAGAGAAAAAGCUAGAACUGCUUCAUUCAAAGAUUUACCGAAGGAUCAUUGGACGACGUCUACGACGGCUACGAACUUAUGGAAAAAUACUUUCGCUGUAGAUCCGUCGUUAUUGAACGACGAGUUUGAUUCUACUUUAUCAUUCGACGGGUCUACAGAAGUGGAAAACACGACGCCGGAAAAUAUACAACUUGAAGAAAUAAAUUACGAACUUCAUAAGUUACCGAAUGUUACUAUAAAUUCCUCGGAGGUAUCGGGUAUUUUGAUUAAUUUUAUGAACAAUACCGGUAGCAAUAACAAAUUACAUCGUAUACUUAAAAAACUCAAUACAACGGAAAAUGAGUUUUUGAUAAAAAUGAGAGAAAUAGAAUCGAAUCCGAUAACGAGAAGAUUGAUUUUGCUUUUAAUCAGCGAAUGUGGUAAAAAUAUAACCAAAGAUAUCAAAGAUGAUAAUUAUGAUAGUCUUAAAACUUUGGAAUCAACCGAGACUAACCCGAUGUCGACUAGUCAACAAGCUAUACGAUCCAGUCAUAAUUCUUUUAGUCCCUUUUUAGGGCCUACUAUAAACGAAGAGGACCAAGACACUAGAGCUCUUCAAUUAUUGAAUACAUUGUAUACUAUAGCUUCUAAGUUAGGUAAAUGAUGAAGACUUUAAAAUGGUUUAGAUCAGUGGUUCCCAGCCGGGGGAUCGCGACCAGUGACAGAUUAAAGGAAUUCCGCGUGACGAUUUGAUUUACUGGACAGUUUCAUUUUGUUAAAUAAUACAAAAGGGUGGGGAUGUUUAGUACGGUUUUAAUUUUGAUUUUUUUUUAUUUUAGCCGAGGCUUUUCAAUUAACAAUUUGGUUAGCCCUCUAUUUGUGUUGAUUUCUUUUUUGGUUAGGUUUGUAUUUUGAACAGCGUUUCUUUGCAUCGAUCCCAAAAAGGUUUGGAACCAUUGGUUUAUAUGAUAUAGCCAUAUACCAUAAGAUAAUGUAUUACAAAAAGAUGAUUUUAUAAAUAUAUAGUUACCAGUUGAGUAAUUUUGUGCAUAUAUAUAGUACGAAUCGGGUAAUUGCUUCAAAUAACAAAUACCGGAUGUCCCAAAUAUUGUAUACUGGCAAUAAUAGUCAUUCUAUUAGGUAGUUAAUCCUUGUGAAUCUCUUAAAACAAAGAAAGUUAUCACAGUCUUCAAGCUUAUAUUUUGUGGAAUCCAUGGAGGCUGCAAAACGAAUCAGAGCUGCGCUCUUUAACGUUAUCUGAAUCUGUAGUUGCUAAGACAAAUUUUGAAGAUAAUUUCACAAAAAAAAUGUAUUAGUAGUGAGAUCUGGAUAGAGAACAAGCUAUAGUACCUAUUUCCCGGUGGGAAAAGUUAAUAGAAAUUCUGGUAAUUAUGUAGUUUAACCCCCUAACUUCUGAUCACCUUGAAAUUUCAAUAUUUUAUAGAAGCAAUUAUGCUGAUUAAUUUUAUAUAUAAAUGUUGGGCGCGAAAUGUGUGUAUUCACAUAGUUUUUCAUCUUUGAAACUCUGAAGAAAUAUGUGUAUUAGGCUAAUCCUUAUUACUAUUUCUUAUAAUAAAAACGACAUUACCGUGCGACGAAUUUGUACAAAAUAUCCUAGCCUAACCUAACCUAACCUAAUCUGUGUUAAAAAACUAGUCAAAUAAUCAUUUUGGACAUCCCCCCGACCUUACGUUCAACUUCCUUUUGCAUCAGACAUUCUUAAAGUAACACACUAUUUAAUUUUUAUAUUUUUCUACUUAAAAAAAACUAUUUGAAGAUGACGUUUCCGCGCCCAACAUGUUUCACAAUUAGUGAAAAAAAUGUAAAUAUCUUUCCAGUCGACGUGUCCUUCAAACUAAUCACAGAUAAGUCUGAAUGCCUCCUAAUAAAAAUGUAUAAAGGGAGUCGUCAUACACCUAUUUUUAUAAUGGAAUUUUCAUGAGAUAUUGCCUGUAUACGAUAACUUAGGACAAACUGUAUAGUGUAUUGCGUUUAUUUUAUUUAAAACUUAAGUUAGAUUUUUCUAUAAAUAUAUAUCAACCAAUCAAUUCUUUUAUGAGAUUUGUUUUUUGUAAUUACUCUAACUAGGAAGUAGAUGUAGGUUUUUAUUUUUAUAUUUUUGAUAUAGAUGUUGAGUACACAUUGGUUAUUUUUUUAAUAGCGAAAAUAUAAAAUAAACUGGACAAGAAUACGAUUAUCAAAUUCACUUACAAUUUUUUCUGACUAUUCAUUUAUUUUAUUGAAAUUAUUUAUUCAGAAGAUUGAAAAUUGAUAAUUACUUUUCGAAUUAUAAUAAUUAAUGAAAUUUUUAUUUAAACCAGUAUUAAAAGUUAUUUGUCAUAUAUCUAAAGUUGAAUAUAGGCAACCAGUAUUUAAGGUAUCCAUACUCACAGGCAACCAGCAUAACAUUAUGUUUGUAUUUAAGAAGGAAGUUGUCACGUUCCAAUUAGUUUAACAAUAAGUAUUUAUUCCAAAAACCAAAAUUGAAGUAUGCCCUUGGGGAAUCAAACUAUGAAAGGGUUGGUUGAUUAUGCUGUUCUCGAAUACUAAAUUUUCAUUUAUUUUGAUUUGGUGACUACCGAUUUUAAAUGUUGUUUAAUAGGGCAAAGAAAAGAAAAUGAUAAAUUUAUUAUAUCCCAACGAAUGUACAGAUGUUUCGAACAACAGUUUUAAUUAUACAAAAAAUAAUCGUCUUCUUGUCCAAUCAUAUUUAUUUAUUUAUUUAGUGAUGUUGUAAUUCAGUAUUAAUACUCGCAGAUUGGAAUAAAAUAUGCAUAAUUAUUUUCGUUUCUAAUGUUCCUGUAUAACUCAGUUUUUAUAAACAUUGUCAUUGCUAAGUAUGUUAUUUUUCAAUUUAACACGAAAAGUUGUUUAUUAAAACCAGAUUAAAGACGUCGCGCGAACUCGCCGAUUUUUAAACUUCCAUUGGCUGGACAGGGCCGGCCUAAGGACGCACCUCACGAGCUUCUCCGUAGCAAUAUAUUAUGAUUUUAAAGUUACCUAUUAUAUAUUUAAAACCACAUUGUAGUUACAAAAUUAAUGAACAUUUUGUGAAUAAACUUUUAAGAUUUA